UGCGAAGCUCGUUCUUUCCAUUCAUCGGUUCUAGUGGAGCGUCUGGGCGUGGGAGGCUACGAAAAACGUUCGCACGAUGCUCUCUGUGCAAUCAAUCGCAGCCCUGGUCUGCUCCGUCGUUGUAAUCACCUGUGCCGGCCACACAAGGGCCACAGCAGCCUAUCCCGGCAGCUACGUCCUCCCGCGGAGCUACCUGUCCAGCCCCGUCCACCAAACAGCCAGUCCUUCGACUCAGCAGCAGUACUACACAAGUCACGGCGGAGGAGGGGGCGGUCGCAAGGCUAACACCAUGUACAUCAUCCGCAGCUUGAACGAAGGCGAGAUGCUUCAGCCGGAGUCCAGUUCCCUCUCAAGCGGGUUCGACGCAUACGGAGGCAGCGCUGUGCAGUCAGCCGCCUUUCCUGGCUUCGGCAGACAAUUCAGCUUCGGGAAGCCGUACUUGUCUGGACCCUUGCUGACACCGUGGCACAUGGCGCGUUGAUCUCCGUGCAGAAGAAAUGAACUGCCUUCCGAUCAAGGUUCCUAGUGUGCUUCGUCGAACAGUCUGCUCCAUUUCUACUUGACCGUGUGUUGCGAAAAGAGCCUAGGGAUGCUUUAUAUGGGGUACCCGUUCUAUGCGGCGAAAUGAAAAAAAAAAAAAAAAA